ACCCGGUUCCACGCAGUCGUGAGAAUAGCCUCAAUAUUGUGUAAAUGUUCCUACCAAGUAUACCGAGCUGUCUUUGUAUAUGAUUACUGCAGCCAGGAUCUUAUAAACUGCUAAAUGGAGACAACAAAUAAUCCCGACUGUAGAUUAGUGGUUAUUAAAGUUAUGGGAAUCUGCCUCUAUGGCUAAGGUUACUGCUUACUUACGAAAUACUUCGGAUGAACCAUUUAUUUAUUUCUACUUGGGAAACUUUUAUAACUUACAAUUUAAUACAGGGUCAACACCCUCAUCCAAGAUUUUGGUUUUCUUUCUAGAAUAGGCAGCUAAUUAAAGUGCUAUGUCUGUGUGUUCUUUGUUUUGUUUCUACAAUGCUUGGCAAGGGUGAUUUUGUGUUUGUGUGUAUUUUUUGGAAGGUGGAGAACAGAAGGCUGCUGAAUCCCUCAACUGAUCUGCCGGCUCAUCGUUUUGCUAUGUACUAUAAACGUUACUAUGACUCCCCACUAAUGAGUUUUUCCUAAUGGCAAAAGAUUUUGCCAAAGUGAUUCACUCUACAUAUGGCUGUCUUAUAUGAAAUAUAUUUUCACAUUGCACAAAAACUGCAGGGAUUUCAUUGACUCUGCCCAGCUCCGUGCCUUUCACUAUGGACAAAAAAAUUAAUUUGCUGCUCCUUAUCCUGCUGCAUGCCACAAUUGAGAGCACAGAGGGAUGCUACUGUGACCAUUAUCCAUGGACUCCCUGGUCCAGCUGUUCAAGGACUUGCAAUUAUGGGACUCAAAGCAGGCAUAGGCAAAUAAGGAUGGAUGACUACUAUUGGAAGAACUCAUGUGCCCAACUUUGCACUACUCAGGAAUCCAGGGCCUGCAACCAACAGAUGUGUCCUAUCAACUGCCUGCUUGGAGACUUUGGCCCUUGGUCAGAAUGUGACCCAUGUGUUAAAAAGCAAUUUCGUGUCAGGUCCCUGACUCGGCCAUCCCAGUUUGGGGGACAGCCCUGCAGUGAGCAGCUAGUAGAUUUCCGGAGAUGUUUCCCAACCAAGCUUUGCAACAUAGAGGAAGUAGACUGCGAGAAUAAAUUCCAGUGUGAAAAUGGUCGCUGUAUCAGCCGAAACCUGGAAUGCAACGGAGAAAAUGACUGUGAAGACAAUUCGGAUGAAAGGAACUGUCGGCGUGUACGGACCGUAUGCAACAGAAGACAUGACAGUAUUCCCGGCGUGCACUUAAUGGGCCAUGGAUUCCAUCUUCUGGCAGGAGAGACUCGAGGAGAAGUUCUUGGUAAUUCUUUUUAUGGAGGCAAAUGCACAAUAGUCAAAAGCAACGAUACAAGGAAAACAUACCGUGUACCUGCAAACCUAGAGACUGUCAGCUUUCAGGUAGAGAAUAAAGAGGAUGAUGUGCAAUCUGAUUUCUACAGGGAUUUAAUUCCCCUGCAGUCCAGUACCUCUGGGGCUGGUCUUUCCACUGAUUCUGGUGAAAGCUCUUUUUGGAUCCCAGUGCUGUACUCGAGAAAGACAAAAGUAGAGACCACAUCUAAGUCUUCCUUCAGGGAAGCUGUGCAAGCCUCUCAUAAAAAGAACUCCAACUUUAUUAGGAUCCAUAAAGUGAUUGCAGUAUCAAACUUCACAAUGAAGCCCUCAGACUUGCAGCUUUCCGGGGUGUUCUUAAAGGCCCUCAACAGCCUGCCUCUGGAGUACAACUAUGCCCUUUACAGCCGGAUAUUUGAUGACUUCGGGACUCAUUACUACCUUUCUGGUUCAAUGGGGGGCACCUAUGACCUCCUCUAUCAAUACAGUGCUGAAGCGCUGCAAAGCUCUGGUUUGACAGAGCAAGACUCAACAGAGUGUACCAGGACAGAAACAACAAGGCGGAUCUUCUUCUUCAUAAAGAGAACGAGCGGGCACACAAAAUGCACCACCAAUAAAAUGACUGAGCAACAUGAAGGUUCUUUUCUACAGUCCUCUGAAAAGUCCAUUUCAUUAGUAAAAGGUGGGAGAGCUGAAUAUGCUGGAGCGCUUGCCUGGCAAAGAACAGGAGCUUUUCCAGGACAUGUGGCGUAUACCAAUUGGUUGGAAUCUACCAAAGACAAUCCUAUAGUUGUUGAUUUUGAGCUGGCAACCAUUUUGGAUUUGGUGAAGGGCUUUCCAUGCGCAGUGACUAAGCGCCGUAACCUUAAGAGAGCUCUUACUGAAUACAUGGAAAAGUUUGACCCAUGCCGAUGUGCUCCAUGUCCGAACAACGGCCAGCCGACACUAUCUGGCACUGAAUGUCUCUGUGUGUGCCAGGCUGGAACCUAUGGGGAGAACUGUGAGAUCCGAGCUCCUGAUUACAAAUCUGUUGCUGUGGAUGGCUACUGGAGCUGCUGGUCUUCAUGGAGCUCCUGCGAUGGCUCCCAUAAGAGACGUAGGAGCCGCGUGUGUAACAAUCCCUUGCCAUUAAAUGGUGGGAAGCCAUGUGAAGGUCAACAGGAGCAAGAGGAAGAGUGCUACUUCUCAAUAUUUGCUGACAAAGGGGCCCCCUGUAUCAAUGACAAUGAAGGGAAAAGAGAGAUAGACAUUCCUAAUGGCCAGCCGGAAUCUGGAUGCAUUACACCAGAACCUCCAGAACAUGGAUUCAUUCGGAAUGAAAAGAACCAUUAUACCGUUGGUGAAGAUGCUGAAGUUGUUUGCUUUGGUGGAUAUAAUCUCGUGGGGUAUCCAUACUUUCGCUGUCUCCCAGAUCAAACAUGGGCACAACAACCUGUUGAAUGCCAGUUGUCAGCAUGUCCAAGGCCGCCUGUAUCACCCGAUGUCUCAAUUUCCCCAUUUAAAAGUGAAUACAGGACUGGGGAAACCAUCCGGCUAAGUUGUCCUGCUACCUUCAUCCUAAAUGGCCGCACACAAUACACUUGUAAGGAAGGCCCAUCCUGGACGCCUCCUGUUUUGAGAACAAUUACCUGUGAGAAAGAUGAACAUUCCCAAAUUCAAGGCAGUUGCAACCCAGGCCAAAAGCAGGUUGGAUCCCAGUGUGUGUGCAUGUCCCCAGCAGAGGAUUGUGACAGCCACUAUUCAGAAGAUGUGUGUGUCCUGAAUACAGCUUCUGAACAAGCCUUUACAAAAUCCAGCUGUCCGUUUUUGGCAGAAAAGUGCUUGGGAGACAAUUCGUUCCACUUCCUGCAUUCCGGCCCCUGCCGAAGUAACGCCAACUUGCACUGGGCCAUCGAAAGGGCCAACAUCUCUACCCACAGUGUAAAGAGGGAACCCUGUGGCUAUGACAUCUGCUAUGACUGGGAGAGCUGUUUGGAGUCACAGGCUGAAUGUGUCUGCCUGCUGCCUAACCAGUGCCAACGAGAUGCCGGGCAGAAUUUCUGCAUCCAGGUCAGAUCAAGAAAGAGGACAGCCAAUCUCUGUAUGCUGGGAGCAAUGAAAUGCUCGAGUAUGAACGCUGAAGUGCUACACGAGGGAAGCUGUUCGGGUUAAGAGCCGCCAGGGUUCACAUGACUGCUUUUGCUCAGGAUAUGUCUGGAUGGGCUCCGGUUUCAGGAACUGAACCGCUUGAUUUGGUGGCAGUUCUUAUCCUCCCAGUCCAGAUGUGCAUGAGGUUCAGGCCCAUGCCCUUACCCCUUUUCUUCAGCUGAGCAAGGCCAUUUCUAAGUGGCAGAGCAUCUGCUUUGCAUCCAGAAGGUCCCAGGUCCAAAUCCUGGCUUUUCCAGGUAGGACUAAGGAAGACCCCGCUCUGAAAUCCUGGAGAGCUUCUGCCAGUCAAUGUAGCUAAGCUCAACAGACAAAUCCUCUGAGUGUUUCAUGCAUUCAUGUGCAGAGUGCCUUGCCUGAUGAGUACUUCUUAAAAAUAUUUUUUUUUGUAGAAAGUAUAAAGUACCAAGCACAGUAAAAUUCUGGCCAGUUGGCAAGCCUAAUCUCGCCGCCAGUCUAGAUAUUAUAGCAGGUGUGGGAUUAGAGCAGGCUAUGCCAUACAGCUGGCCAACUACUGCUGCCUUUAUUUUUUUAAAAAAGCACAUUUAAAUCUACAUAAACAAAAUCUAAUUAUACAAAAAGGAAAAACAGUCAUAAAAACAUCAUAACGUUUCCAUCCAUGUGACAUAUACAAAUCUUCAUCCCAGAGGCAGAGCCACCAUUGGGCGAGUGGGUUCAAAGAACCCUGGUCGCCGCUCCCAGAGACCAUGCCUUGCGGCCUCAGACAUGCCCCACGCAUCUGAGGUCAGACGUGAGGGGCUUUAUUUUGCUUCCCGAUGGGGCCACGUGGCACCGCUUGGGACCGAAACUGGCCCACGCUGCAUUGGCUGUGCGGCCAGAGUGACUCCCCCUGCCUUUUAAAGGCAGGGAGAGCCGCUCCUGGCCUCGCUGCCAAUGCAGUGGGGCCAAUCUCCCUCCCAAACGGAUCUGCGCUGCCCUGUUUGGGAGGGAGGUCGGCCCCCGCUGAUCUCCCUCCUUUUAAAGGUGACCUUUUCAAGGCAGGGAGAGUUGCUCCGGCCACGCUGCCCAAUGCGGUGCGAGCCGAUCUCCCUUCCAAACGGGUCUGCGUGGCCCUGUUUGGGAGAGAGACCAUACCCCUGCGUCAGAUGCAGGGGCGUGGCUAGUAGGGCCCCUGCAUCUGACAUCAGACUAGGGAGGGGGGGCAGGGGGCUGCCGCCUCCCUCCGCCAGCCUCCCUUCAUCCCCCAAACCUGGGUAACUACAUCAGCAAACACUCUACGAUUCCACAGAACUAGAAGAGAGUGUCCCCAAACACAAGACCUUCCGUCCCUGGGAUCCCCCUGUUCCAUCUCCAUGUCCCCUCUACAGCCAGUGUCCAGUGCACGCAAACAGUUCUUGCUCUUGGGCCUGAAUGAUGGGCCUUGGGCCUGAUUCAGCAGGGCUGUACUUCUCUACACGUAGUUGUAUAGUAGCUACAGAACCAUCCAGUAGAUAGGAGGCUGCAGCUUUGAUCAUACUAGGUGUGUGUGUUUGGGUGACUUCCAGCUUUGGGGGAUUCGCCAAAAAUGGUAAAGGCCCUAGAAGGGCAGACCUUGAGCCUAGCUUUAAAGUGGGGGGAGGGGGACAUGUGUGCUGUAAAAUGGUAUGUGCUGUUCUCUUGUUCAAGCAGCCACAAUUUGCAUUUUGUGUCGAUUAGCAAUGUAUCUUCAAGGUAUGACUCAUGCAUAUAGCUUUUGUAUUAUUUUACAGAAAUUUGUAUGAACAAAGCCACCGUCUGUUGUUUCAGCAUUAUGUGCUCAGUGAUAACCUAGCAUCUGGCUUACAUUUCAGAAGUUACGUUUCUGUUUCUAUUCUGUUAAAACUUAACUAACACCAAUAAACCUCUGAUCAGAAAGGCCAAA